GGGGGAAUUUCGAGAGCUCCUUCGACGCAGACAAAGGUGUGGGGACCAUUGUGAUCGCAAAGCCCCUGGAUGCCGAGCAGAGGUCGAUGUACAACAUGACUGUGGAAGUCACCGACGGAACAAACGUGGCCAGCACUCAGGUUCUGAUCAAAGUGCUAGACAACAACGACAACGGUCCCGAAUUCUCCCACCCAAGUUAUGAGGUCACUAUUUCAGAGGACAUCCUCCCAGAUACUGAGAUUCUUCAAGUUGAAGCCAUAGACAGAGAUGAAAAACAUAAACUCAGCUACAUUGUCCACAGCAGCAUUGACUCCAUCAGCAUGAGGAAGUUCAGAAUGGAUCCCAACACAGGUGUGCUGUACAUCGCUGAGCGCUUAGACCACGAAGCUCAAGAUAAGCACAUUCUAAAUGUAAUGGUUCGUGACCAAGAGUUCCCUUAUCGCCGGAAUUUGGCCAGGGUAAUUGUCAAUGUGGAAGAUUCUAAUGAUCACAGUCCCUACUUCACCAGUCCAUUGUAUGAAGCCUCUGUGUUUGAAUCAGCUGCCGUUGGAUCUGCUGUUUUGCAGGUCACUGCCUUGGACAAAGACAAAGGAGAAAAUGCUGAGCUGAUCUACACAAUAGAAGCAGGAAACACUGGGAACACAUUCAAGAUUGAACCAGUUCUAGGCAUCAUUACAGUGCAGAAGGAACCGGACCUAACCACCAUGAGCCAGUUUGUUCUGUCAGUCAAAGUAACCGACCAAGGUUCUCCGCCACUGUCAUCCACUGCCAUUGUCCGCAUAUCUGUGACAAUGUCGGAUAACUCUCACCCAAAAUUCAUGCACAAAGAAUGGCAGGCUGAUGUGAACGAAAAUGUGGAUUUUGGAACCUCAGUUGUCAUGGUGUCGGCAAUCAGCCAGUCUACAUUAGUGUAUGAAGUUAAGGAUGGCAACACCGAUGGAGCCUUUGCUAUCAACCCCUACUCAGGAGUCAUUACUAGCCAAAAGCCUCUUGACUAUGAACGCAUGUCCUCUUACCAGCUCACUGUGCAGGCCACAAACAUGGCAGGGAUGGCAUCAAAUGCCACUGUGAACAUCCAGAUUGUAGAUGAAAAUGACAACCCACCAAUAUUUCUCUUCUCAAAAUACUUGGGCAGGAUCAGCGAGGCCGCUCCUUUGAACAGUAUAGUCCGGAGCUUGGAGAACAACCCCUUGGUGAUUCGAGCCACAGAUGCUGACAGUAAUCAAAACGCUUUACUUGUCUACCAGAUUGUAGAAUCCACGGCUAAAAAUUAUUUCACAGUAGACUCCAGUACAGGUGCAAUUAGGACCAUUGCUGAUUUAGAUCAUGAAACUAUUGCACAUUUCCAUUUUCACGUCCAUGUUCGCGAUAGCGGCAAUCCACAGCUUACAGCAGAAAGUCCAGUUGAAGUCACUAUUGAUGUGACCGAUGUCAAUGAUAAUCCUCCGGUUUUUAGUCAGACCAUGUUUGAGACUGUUUUGCUUCUGCCGACGUACGUUGGAGUAGAAGUUCUUAAAGUCAAAGCUGCAGAUCCGGAUUCAGAAGUCCCCACCGAAAUGACCUACAGCCUUAUUGAAGGAAACACAGAGUAUUUUCUCAUCGAUCCCAUUUCAGGGGUUCUGACUAUAAAAAACAAUAGCCUUUCCAAAGACCAUUACAUGCUCAUAGCAAAAGUCUCAGACGGGAAAUUUUACAGCACUGCCAUAGUGACCAUCAUGGUCAAAGAAGCCAUGGACAGUGGUCUUCACUUCACUCAAAGCCUUUAUUCCACAUCAAUCUCAGAAAAUAGCACCAAUAUCACAAAGGUAGCGGUGGUCAGUGCUGUUGGAAACCGCCUUAAUGAGCCCUUGAAAUACACCAUAUUGAACCCAGGGAACAAAUUUAAGAUCAAGCCUACUUUGGGUGUCAUUCAAACCACUGGAAUUCCAUUUGACAGAGAAGAACAGGAAUUGUAUGAGCUAAUUGUUGAAGCUAGCCGUGAACAAGAUCAUCUUCGUGUCGCCCGGGUAGUUGUCAGAGUUCACAUUGAAGACAUCAAUGACAAUGCUCCAGUGUUUGUCGGACUUCCAUACUACGCCGCUGUACAAGUCGAGGCUGAUCCUGGCACCCUGAUUUACCGAGUGACAGCCAUUGAUAAAGAUAAGGGUGCCAAUGGUGACGUUGCUUACCUGCUAAAGGAGGAUUAUGGGCACUUUGAAAUUGACAGGCACACAGGCAGUGUCACGUUAAAAGCAGCUUUUAAUUCUGACUUAUCUAACAUAGAGUAUUUAAUUAUUGUCAUUGCUAAAGAUGGAGGCAAUCCAUCACUGUCGGCAUCUGUAGAAUUGCCUAUAACAAUAGUUAAUAAAGCGAUGCCUGUUUUCGACAAGCCUUUCUAUACAGCCUCUGUAAACGAAGACGUAGAAAUGCACACCCCGGUUCUGAGCAUCAAUGCUACCAGUCCCGAAGGUCAGGGUAUCAUUUACAUAAUUGUAGAUGGAGAUCCCUAUAAUCAGUUCAACAUUGAUUUUGACACAGGAGUCCUCAGUGUCAUCAGUCCAUUAGAUUAUGAAGUAAACUCCAUUUUCAAGCUGACGGUAAGAGCCAGCGAUGCCCUCACCGGUGCCCGAGCAGAAGUCACAGUGGACUUAAUAAUUAAUGAUGUCAACGACAACGCUCCAGUUUUCGAACGUUUUUCAUAUAACGCCACUUUGUCUGAAGCCUCUUUGAUUGGCACUCCUGUCUUGCAGGUUGUUGCAAUGGAUGCAGAUUCUGAGAAUAACAAAAUCAUUCAGUACCAGAUAGUCCAGGACACCUUCAACAGCACAGAUUACUUCCACAUUGAUGGCAGCAGUGGUCUGAUCCUUACCGCCCGCUUGCUGGACCAUGAGUUGAUGCAACAAUGUACUUUAAAAGUCAGAGCAACUGAUAAUGGAUUCCCACCUCUGAGCAGUGAAGUCCUGGUUAGCAUCUCUGUGACGGAUAUGAACGACAACCCUCCUGUUUUUAACCAAUUGAUAUAUGAAUCGUAUGUCAGUGAGUUAGCUCCUCGGGGUCACUUUGUGACUUGUGUCCAAGCCUCUGAUGCAGACAGUUCUGAUUUUGAUCGGCUGGAGUAUAGUAUCUUAUCUGGAAAUGACCGCACAAAUUUUGUAAUGGACAGUAAGAGUGGCAUCAUUACUCUUUCGAACCAUCGGAAGCAGCGGAUGGAGUCAAUGUACAGUCUGAAUGUCUCCGUGUCGGAUGGUUUGUUCACAAGCACAGCCCAGGUACAUAUCCGGAUCCUUGGAGCUAACUUAUACAGUCCUGUGUUCUCUCAGAGUAUUUAUGUGGCAGAAGUUAGAGAAAAUGCUGCCCCAGGAACUAAAAUAAUCCAUGUAAAAGCAACAGAUGGAGAUUCAGGCAUAUACGGACAAAUCAGCUAUUCAAUUAUAAACGAUUUUGCCAAGGAUCGCUUUUUAGUUGACAACAACGGGCAGAUCAUCACGACGGAGAAGCUUGACCGAGAGAUCCCUUCAGAAGGUGACAUCACUAUAUUUUUGAGAGCUCUCGACGGAGGGGGGAGAACCACUUUCUGCACUGUCAGAAUCAUAGUGGUGGAUGAGAAUGACAACGCUCCACAGUUCAUGACAGUGGAAUACCGGGCAAGCGUCAAAGCUGAUGUUGGGAAAGGACAUCUGGUCACCCAGGUACAAGCUGUUGAUCCAGAUGAUGGUGCAAAUGCAAGAGUUGCUUACUCCCUGUACAGCGAGGCCUCCGUUUCUGUUGCCGAUCUCCUGGAAAUUGACCCCGAUAAUGGAUGGAUGGUAACCAAGGGUAACUUCAAUCAGCUGAAAAACACAGUGCUCUCUUUCUUUGUCAAAGCAGUUGAUGGGGGCAUUCCCGUAAAACAUUCCCUUAUUCCUGUCUAUAUUCAUGUUUUACCACCAGAAACCAUCUUGCCUUCAUUUUCUCAACCCCAAUAUUCCUUUACAAUAUCAGAAGAUACACUGAUAGGUAGCACUAUUGAUGUUCUUCAUGUUUUGCCUAGUCAAGGAGCCACCUAUAGCACCGUUAAUGGCGAACUAACAGAAAACAACAAGGAUGGAGUUUUUAUUAUAGAGCAUGACACAGGCCUUAUAAAACUUGAUAAGAGGCUUGACCACGAGACAACUCCUGCCUUUCACUUCAAAGUUGCUGCAACCGUACAGUUAGACAAGGUGGAUGUCGUGUUAACAGUGGACGUGGACAUCAAAGUUUUAGAUAUUAAUGACAACAAACCCGUGUUUGAGGCAGCCAGCUAUGAAGCCAUCAUAAUGGAAGGCAUGCCGAUAGGAACCAAACUUGUCCAGGUUAAAGCGACUGAUGCAGACUGGGGGGCAAAUGGUCAAGUCACGUACUCUCUUUUACCAGAGGCGGAAGCUGACAAAAUCACAGAGAUGUUCACCAUUGACAGCAACAGUGGUUGGAUCAGCACACUGAAAGACUUGGAUCAUGAGAAGAACCCCACUUUCACCUUUACCGUGGUGUCUUCUGAUCUGGGAGAAAGCUUGUCCCUUUCAUCAAGUGUCAUGGUUUCUGUCACAGUGACAGACAUUAAUGACAAUGCUCCUGUAUUUGAGAAUGAGAUUUACAGGGGUUCUGUGAAAGAGAGUGAUUCCCCGGGUGAAGUUGUGGCUGUCCUCAGCACAUGGGAUGAGGAUACAUCUGAUGUCAAUCGCCAAGUCAGCUACCAUAUUACAGGGGGAAAUCCGAAAGGGAAGUUUGACCUUGGCCUGGUACAGAAUGAGUGGAAGGUAUAUAUAAAGAGACCAUUAGAUCGGGAAGAACAGGACCUCUAUCUUCUAAACAUUACCGCCACUGAUGGCCUCUUCGUUACACAGAGUGCUGUAGAAGUGAUUGUCACUGAUGUUAAUGACAAUAGCCCCGUCUGUGAUCAGGUUACAUAUAUGGCAUUAUUUCCUGAGGACAUUCCUCCAAACAAGAUUAUUCUCAAACUGGGCGCGAGAGAUGCAGACAUUGGAUCUAAUGGUGAAAUUCGUUAUUCUCUGUAUGGCUCUGGGAACAACAAGUUUUUCUUAGAUCCAGAAAGUGGAGAGCUCAAAACUUUAUCUCCAUUAGACCGGGAGAAGAUCCCUGUGUACAAUCUAAUAGCCAGGGCAACAGAUGGGGGAGGAAGGUUUUGUCAGUCAGAAAUCCAUCUGAUUCUUGAAGAUGUGAACGACAAUUCACCAGUGUUUUCCUCCGAUCAUUACACCGCAUGUGUCUAUGAGAAUACUGCAACUAAAGCUUUGCUGACAAGAGUACAAGCCAAUGAUCCGGAUAUGGGUGUGAACAGAAAGAUUGUCUAUUCCCUAGCAGACUCUUCAGAAGGCUUUUUCUCAGUAGAUAAAUCAUCAGGAAUCAUCAUUUUGGAACAUCCUCUGGACAGGGAACUUCAGCCUUCUUAUAAUGUCACUGUCAAAGCCUCCGACCAAGGCAUCGUGCAGACCCUCUCCUCAUUUGCCACAGUUACAAUUACGGUUCUGGACAUUAAUGACAACCCUCCUGUCUUUGAGAGAAGAGAUUAUCUUGUAACAGUGCCUGAGGACACCUCACCCAGUGCAGAAAUUAUCUCCGUUUUUGCCACUAGCAAAGACAUUGGGACCAAUGCUGAAAUCACCUACUUCAUCCGGUCUGGGAAUGAAAAAGGGAAAUUUAGGAUCAACUCAAAGACAGGGUCCAUAUCUGUAAUUGAACCUCUGGACUAUGAAACGUGUAAAGAUUUCUUCCUAGUCGUCGAAGCUAAAGAUGGGGGCAGCCCAGCACUAAGCGCUGUGACAACAGUGAAUAUAAAUGUGACAGACGUUAAUGAUAAUGCGCCAAGGUUUAGCCAGGAGGUCUACAGUAGCGUCAUCAGUGAGGAUGCAUCAGUGGGUGAUUCAUUGAUAACGUUGAUAGCUGAAGACGUAGACAGCCCUCCCAAUGGACAGAUUCAUUUUUCCAUAAUCAGUGGCGAUCGGAACAAUGAAUUUUCAAUUGAUCCUAGCUUGGGACUUAUAAAAGUUAAGAAAAGAUUGGACCGAGAACGGAUUUCGGGAUACUCAUUAGUCAUACAGGCAAGAGACAGCGGCAUUCCUCCUUUGUCAGCAUCUGUGACUGUCAACGUUGACAUUUCUGAUGUGAAUGAUAAUGGCCCGGUAUUUACACCUGCCAACUAUACUGCUGUGAUUCAAGAAAAUAAACCAGUAGGAACAAGCAUCCUGCAGCUGGUGGUGACAGACAAAGACUCUCUGCACAACGGCCCACCUUUCACCUUCUCCAUCUUGGCUGGCAAUGAAGACGAGGAGUUUAUACUGGACCAGCAAGGAAUCCUGCGCUCUGCCAUCAUUUUCAAGCAUAUGAUAGCAACGGAAUAUGUCCUGCUUGUGCAGGCAAAGGAUUCUGGGAAGCCGCAACAAGUAUCCCACACCUAUAUCCAAAUCCGGGUUAUUGAGGAGAGUAUCCACAAACCAACCGCCAUUCCCCUGGAGAUUUUUAUUGUCAUCAUGGAAGAUGAUUUUCCUGGAGGUGUAAUUGGAAAGAUCCAUGCAACAGACCAGGAUGUGUAUGACGUCCUCACGUAUGGCUUGAAAUCAGAGCAGAAAAGUUUGUUCAAGGUCAACAGUCACGAUGGCAAGAUCAUCGCCCUUGGGGGGCUGGAUAGUGGGAAGUACAUUUUGAACGUAUCUGUCAGUGAUGGGCGUUUCCAGGUGCCAAUGGAUGUGACCGUCCAUGUUGAGCAGCUAGUGCAGGAAAUGCUACAGAAUACCGUCACCAUCCGUUUUGAGAAUGUCUCCCCAGAGGAUUUCGUGGGACUGCACAUGCACGGAUUUAGGCGCACCCUGCGCAACGCUGUCCUCACCCAGAAGCAAGACAGCCUGCACAUCAUCAGCAUUCAACCUGUGGCGGGCACCAACCAGCUCGACAUGCUGUUCACGGUGCAGAUGCACACCGGUGGCUUCUACAAGCCAGCCUACUUGAUUCAGAAGCUCACCAAUGCAAGGCGGCAUUUGGAAAAUGUGAUUCGCAUCUCUGCCAUCCUAGAGAAGAAUUGCUCUGGCCUAGAUUGUCAGGAGCAGCACUGCGAGCAAAGCCUGUCUAUCGAUUCUCAUUCUCUGAUGACCUACAGCACGGCACGGAUUAGUUUCGUGUGUCCCCGGUUCUACCGAAACGUACGCUGCUCUUGCAAUGGUGCAUUGUGUCCAGGCUUGAGUGAUCCUUGCACAGAUAAACCAUGUCCAGGAGAUAUGCAGUGUGUGGGCUAUGAAAUCAACCGAAGGCCUUUUAUUUGCCAGUGUCCUCCUGGAAAGCUUGGAGAGUGCUCAGGACACACUUCCCUUAGCUUUGCUGGGAAUAGUUACAUCAAAUACCGGGUUUCUGAAAAUAGCAAGAAGGAGGAAUUCAAGCUGGCGCUGCGUCUGCGGACUCUGCAAAGCAAUGGGAUUAUAAUGUACACCAGAGCAAAUCCCUGUAUAAUUCUGAAGAUCGUAGAUGGCAAGCUGUGGUUCCAGUUGGACUGUGGAGCCGGGCCGGGCAUCCUGGGGAUUUCUGGCAGGGCCGUUAACGACGGGGGCUGGCAUUCCGUUUUCCUUGAGCUGAAUCGGAAUUUCACCAGCUUGUCUCUUGACGACAGCUACGUGGAGCGGCGCAAAGCCCCCCUCUACUUCCAGACCCUGAGCACCGACAGCUCCGUCUACUUUGGAGCCCAGGUGCAGGUGGAUAACGUCCGGAGCUUGACGGACAAGAGGACUACCCACGUCUUAAGCGGCUUUCAGGGAUGCUUGGAUUCCGUCGUCCUGAACAACAACGAGCUGCCACUCCAAAACAAGCGCAGUAGUUUUGCGGAGGUGGUCGGUCUGACUGAACUGAAGCUCGGCUGUGUCUUGUAUCCAGAUGCUUGCAAGAGGAACCCCUGCCAGAACGGAGGGACCUGUACCAGCGUGCCAUCUGGUGGUUAUCAGUGCAGUUGCCUCUCGCAGUUUACUGGGCGAAACUGUGAGUCAGAGAUCACGGCCUGCUUUCCAAACCCAUGUCGCAAUGGAGGAUCAUGUGACCCUAUAGGCAGCGCCUUCAUCUGCAGCUGCAGGAGUGGGUUAACAGGCGUGACGUGUGAGGAAGAUAUUAAUGAGUGUGAAAGGGAAGAAUGUGAAAAUGGCGGCUCAUGUGUCAACGUUUUCGGCUCGUUUUUGUGCAACUGCACUCCUGGAUAUGUGGGUCAGCACUGUGGAUUGCGACCAGUGGUUGUCCCUAACAUUCAAGCCGGCCAUUCUUACGUGGGCAAAGAAGAGCUCAUUGGAAUCGCGAUCGUCCUUUUUGUCAUCUUCAUGUUAAUUGUCCUCUUCAUAGUGUUCCGUAAGAAAGUCUUCAGGAAGAAUUAUUCCCGGAACAACAUCACUUUGGUCCAAGACCCAGCAACUGCUGCUCUCCUUCACAAAAGCAAUGGGAUUCAGUUCAAGAAUAUGAGGAACAGUGGGGAUAGCCGCAACAUUUAUCAAGAGGUGGGGCCACCUCAAGUGCCCGUAAGGCCAAUGGCCUAUACACCUUGUUUCCAGAGUGAUUCUAGGAACAAUUUAGAUAAGAUAGUGGAUGGACUCGGAGUGGAGCAUCAGGAGAUGACAACAUUCCAUCCAGAGUCUCCCCGGAUCCUCACUGCAAGGCGGGGUGUCGUAGUGUGCAGUGUAGCUCCCAACCUACCAGCUGUUUCUCCAUGCCGCUCGGACUGUGACUCCAUCAGGAAGACCUGGGAAAAUGGCACUGAAAGCAAAGGAGUCGAUGACAUUGAAGAGGUGACCUGUUUUUCAGGAAGCAAUAAAGGCAGCAACUCUGAAGUACAGUCUCUCAGCUCUUUCCAGUCAGACUCCGGCGAUGAUAAUGCUUCCAUAGUGACUGUCAUACAGCUUGUCAACAAUGUAGUUGACAAUAUAGAAAAUGAAGUGUCUGGUAUGGAUCAAGGACAGAACUACAACAGAGCGUAUCACUGGGACACCUCAGACUGGAUGCCAAGCGCUAGGCUGUCCGACAUUGAAGAGGUGCCUAAUUAUGAGACGGCGGACGGCAGCUCAGCGCAUCACGGGAGCACAAGAGAGCUGGAAACGGAUUACUAUCUUGGCGGCUAUGAUAUUGACAGUGACUAUCCUCCACCACAUGAGGAGGAGUUUUUAAACCAGGACCAGCUUCCACCUCCCCUUCCAGAAGACUAUCCUGACCAAUAUGAAGCCCUCCCUCCAUCCCAGCCCGUCUCCAUGACCGGAACUCUUAGCCCAGAUUGUCGGCGACGCCCACAGUUCCACCCGAGCCAAUACCUCCCUCCGCACCAGUUUCCCAAUGACGUGGACAAUGGUGGAUCUCAGACUGCUAAUGAAUUUAGUACUUUUGGUGUUGGACCAGGGCCAAACAGAGAAAACAUUGGUAGUGGAGCCAAGAAGACCUUGACCUUACACCAUUCCCUGGAUGCCUCCUCAUCUGACGUUUCGGCAGGUUGUGGCUUUGAUGACUCUGAGGUCACCAUGAGUGACUAUGAAAGCAUUGAGGAGCUCCAUCUAGACCACCAUCAUAUUUGCAUUCCUUUCAUGGAGACGCAUCACCAGACUCAAGUGUGAAGAAGCUGUUUUUGUUGAUGUCGUUCUUGCUGUUGUUUGGUCUCAUUCAUAGCAUAACUAUUACAAUGGAUCUUUUUUGUUUUCCACUAAGAAUAUUGGACCUAUAUAUGGGGCAUGGUGGAUUACUAGCAUAACCCAUUUUUCUCCCCGACACAAAAUCCCUGAUGUAUGUGCACAUUACACAGAGGGAAAAGAAGGUUAUCUCAGAAAAUUGGAACCAAAGUUGGCACAUCCAGCUUGUGGCCAGUAGAAAGCAGAGAAAUUGUUUGGUGACAGGUUUCCUUUACUUUGCUUUAUGGAUUGUCCUACUACUAAAAGUGUUGCAAGAUUAAACUCAGUGUUAAGAACAGGCCAAAAAAAAAACCCACCACAAAAACAUCUCAAAUUCUUCUUAGCGUUGCUGCGUAGUUUGAAUAUUGUCCCGUGAAUAAAUGAAGGUAAAAUUAGCUGGUAAGGCUGCAAUUGUAUAAAUUGGCUCUUACAAAAUCAAAAUCAGUCUUUUUAGUCCACAAGAAGUUCUUCUUCUGUAUUAUUCCAUUCAAUGCAGGAUGAUCAAACUCUGGGGAUCCUUCCAGAGCUGAUUUUCCUACUCCCAGGACUUGUGGGAAAGCUAGACUGUCCAAGUAAACUGGAAGAUCACUUCCAUUUCAAAACAACAACAAAAAAGGUUUUCUUAAUAGAAGGUAAGGUGAUCAUGGCUUGUGCUUAAACAAGGACUAUACCUCCCAGUGAUAUAAUUUUGCCAUGUCUGGAGGAAAACCCCAAAGAUUUUGGGGUAGGUUUUUAAUUUUCUUUGGGGUGCUCCAGAGGGCACAGAAAUGCUUUCACAGGCUUCGCGAGUCCCAUCUCUGCUGUAAUGUAUAAUUACAUGUGGCUGCAUUUCAGAUGUACGGCUACCUGGCCAUUGUGUACAACAGCCGAACAACAUGUGUUGCCAAAUAAUCUCCGACUCUAAACCAUACUGAAACUGCAGGUGAGCAGUCUGUCGUUGUUCUGCUCUCAUCUAUUGCAUAUCACGAUGAGCCUUGCACGCAACCAAUCUAUGAGGAUCACAUGAAAGUAAGUCAGCCUCAGAGAACGAUAUGAAAUGUAAUCAUUUAUUACACGGAUUAUCAAGCACGCAUCACUGGGGGUAGGAUGACCCAAUGCAGGAGAACUAUAGGCUCCUUUACUUCUAGUAUACAAGGGGAGGGGAGGGAAAUCUUGGGAGUGCAUCCUGCAGCCGCAGCAGAGUUGGAAAAGUUAUUUCCAGGUACUAUACUUGGAGAAGGGGUUAGGAUCCAAAGUGUAGCUUUGCAAAUUAACAUUCUAUGAAACAUUUUGUAUGCACCUGUGGAGAAGCUGGCCCCAGAAGUGGUCUGUGCAAAAUCAGAAUGAUCAUUUAUGUAUUUUUCUUUUUGUAAGACUCGUGCACACAGAUGUACCGUAUAUACCAGGCUCCUUUGAUUCAGUCAUAUUCUUUGUCUCUCUGCAGGUGCCUUUUAAAAACAUUGUGCAGAUGCUUGCUCUCUUUCAUUCUUUCAAGCACACUUCCUUUAGCGUUGCCAAAAAAAA